AUGCGAGAGGAAUCUGUAGGGCAUAGUAAUCUUUCACACACCACGUUUAUUUUGAUUGGAUUUCCAGAACUCCACGAGUACAGACGUUUACUUUGCUUUCCCUUUUUCCUUAUAUAUGUGGUUGUUUUGAUAGGAAAUACAGUUAUCAUCUAUGUGAUCAAAACAGCUGAGAGUCUCCACACUCCUAUGUAUUUAUUAAUUUCCUACAUGGCAGUUAUAGAUAUUAUUGUACCAACAUCUAUUAUUCCCAACCUGCUGCUUAGCCUGUUAUUUGACUGGAACGGGAUUUCUUUGGCCGGCUGCCUAACUCAGAUGUUUUUUGUUCACUACAUCUCUUCAUUUGAAUCAACUAUCCUCUUAACAAUGGCUUUGGAUCGAUAUGUUGCUAUUUGUAACCCACUGCGCUAUACUGAAAUCAUGAACACAUCUGUCUUUUUAAAAAUUGCUCUUUUCUCAGUGAUAAGAGGUGGGGCAUGGAUGUCUGCCCUGAUUAUUCUUGCUCAUCCUCUCUCUUUCUGUGGAUCAAAUAUAAUCAAUCAGUGUUACUGUGAGCAUAUGGCACUUGUUUCCUUGGCUUGUGGUAGUACCACUAUAAAUAACGUAACAGGGUUGUUAAUGGCUUACACUAUUGUUGGGUUUGAUAUUAGUUGUAUACUUUUUUCUUACAUUAGGAUCAUAACUGUGGUCAUCAAAACCGCAUCUGUAAAAGCACGUCAGAAAGCUUUUCAUACCUGCAGCACCCACCUGAUAGUUAUGUUUUUCUUCUACCUGUCAGGCAGUGUAUCAUUUGUAACAUACAGGGUCAGCAAUACAAUUCCUACAGAUGUUCACACUCUGUUAAGUGUUAUGUAUUUAGUUGUCCCAGCAAGUGUAAAUCCCAUUAUUUAUGGAGUCCGAACCAAAGAAAUCAGGCAAGCCAUUGUGAAAAUGUUUAGAAGAAAAAGAAGAAUCCUUGUCUCCAGUAAUGUUGCUACUGUAAAGACUUAA